GUGUAUUUUCUUUCUCUCUCAGCUCAAAAAGAAAGUCAAAUACAAAUCCAACCCUUUUCUUCUAAACUUACCUCAAUUAUCUAUCACUACUUUUAGGGAUGCAUAGUUUCAACUUUCUUUUGAUUCCUUGGCUAUUAUUUAUUUUUACUCUUCUUUUCCUUUUUUAGACUCAACCCUUUAUUUCUAUCUCUUCUCUUCUUCAUUUUCUCAAUAUUUGGUGCAAAUCUGUUUCCUUUUGAAGUUUCUUUUCUUUCUGUAAACUUCCCACUUUUCUGUUUCUUCCAGCCUUAAGAAUUUAGUUAUAUUGCAAAGAUGGUGAGAGGAAAGACUCAGAUGAAGCGUAUAGAGAACCCAACAAGUAGGCAAGUAACAUUCUCAAAGAGAAGAAAUGGUUUGAUGAAGAAAGCUUUUGAGUUAUCCAUUUUGUGUGAUGCUGAAGUUGCUCUUAUUGUUUUUUCAACAAGAGGGAGACUCUAUGAAUUUGCAAGUUCAAGCAUUCUAGAAACAAUAGAACGAUACCGCGGUCAUAACCGGAUUAAUAAUGCUCCAACAACAUCUGAUUCUGUUGAAAAUACUCAGCAUUUGAUGGAAGAAGCAGAAAACAUGAUGAAACGGAUUGAUCUUCUUGAGACUUCAAAACGGAAACUCUUAGGAGAAGAUUUAGGGACUUGUUCAAUUAAUGAACUACAAAAGAUAGAGCAACAGUUGGAGAAGAGUAUAACCAAAAUUCGAGCAAAAAAGACUCAAGUCUACAAGGAACAAAUAGAUCAGCUAAAAGAAAAGGAAAAAGCCCUAGCUGCUGAAAAUUUCAUGCUCUCUCAGAAGUAUGAUAGUUAUUCAUCACAGCGUGCAAAAAAAGAUGGCAUAGAAAAUAUAGCUGAGGCUGAACCUUUUGCAGAUCAAAGUAGUCCAAGUUCAGAUGUUGAAACCGAAUUAUUCAUCGGUCUUCCAGAAUCAAGAACAAGGCGGAUUUCACCAAAUUUGAGGACUAAUUAAUCCCUCUGACUAUGCAAAAGAUAAUAAAAUUUAUUAGUCAUUUUGAUUUUUUGUUAAAACUGAAACAACUAUACAUAUGAAAAAGUAAUUCUAUGAGUACAAUAAAUUAAAAAAGAUAGAGAGCAUUAAGACUUUAUUAAUAAUCUAAAAUAGCAUAAAAUUAGAGAUAAAUAUAUUUUGUUAGAAUGAUAUAAAGUUUAAUAACGAUGAAGUAAUAGUCUCAAACAUAUGCUCUAAAUGAUUACGUUGUACUGAUGCACAUAGAUUAGAAGUAAGCACUUCCACUUUAUAAGGAUGAAUUUCUUUAAUGUCGGAAAAAAAAUCCUCUUCUGGUUGCUAUUUUUACACCUCAACUGCAGCCCAAGGAAUCUUGUGGUAAUAGAUAUUAGAUGUGUAAUUCAGUUUUUAGAAGUUAAAAGUUAGUUAUGCAUGGAGUUACUAUUAGUUAUUAGUUAUGUAUGUGGCUAUUAACUAGAAGUUAGUUAGUAGUAUGAUUCUAUAUAAAGGUUAUAACACAUGCUUGUAACAUAAUAAAUUUCAUUUCAAUAAUAUUUCUCUUCUCAAUUUAUUUUUAUUCUUUUUUAUUUUUCUCAAUUUGCAAAUAACCAGUAAUUCAAAUUAUCCAAAAAAUUGAUAUCUAGAGUACUGGUUCGAUCUUUUUCAUCCAUGGUAAAUUGGAGUACAAUCGCCAAUCAGUUCCCAGUCAAUCUACCAAUUUUCAAGGGAGUGUUAAAACUUAACUUGUAUCACAAAUUUUAGUCU